AUGUCGUCGGUCCUCUCUCAGGCGGACGUCGACCGGCUGCGGCGCUACGCGACGCGCCGGCCCGCGCAGUCGCGUGAGGCCGCUGAGGCCGAGCGGCGCGCGCUCGAGGAGGGCGUCGGCAAGCUCGCUCGCCGGCGGCUGCGCGAGCACAUGCUGUCGCUCAUGCUUGAGCCGGCGGAGCUGGACGAGUGCUGGCGGCUGCUGCGCGCGCACGCGUCGCCGCCCGCGUCGCCGCUCGACGAGCGCAUCGACUACGCCGGCUUCUGCCGCGUUGCGGACGCCAUGCCCGCGCGGCUCGGCCGGCACUUUUUCGGCGCCGAGCACUUUUUGCGCUUCCCGAAUGACCCGUGGGGGCGGGUGUCGAUCGUGCACUACUUUUGCUGGCUGCGCAGCAAGACCGCGAUCCUGCGCACGCGGAUCGAGUUCUCGAUCUACGACCACUCCACCGAUGGCACGCUUGGCGAGCGGGAGCGGGAGCCGCGGCGAGUGACUGCCGUGCGAAAGUUCUUCUUCUUCCUCGACCCGCGCCGGCGCGGCCGCAUGGUGGCCGGGGUUGCUUCUCACGAGUCUGGUGGCUGUGCAGGCGACUUGGGCCAGGAGGAGCUGCGCCAGAACUGGUUCUCGCUCGAGUACGCAGAGAUGCUCUACUCGGACUACCUCGAGCUCGACGCGGACCAGAACGGCAUGCUCUCUGUCGGCGAGCUCAUGCGCUUCCGCGGCGGCGCGCCGCCAGGAGGAGGGCUGACAGCGCCAUUCGUGCAGCGGGAGUGCCACACGUACCGCACCAAGAGCGACGACGGCGACACCAGAGCAAGCUCGACCGCAAGCCGCGUCGCGCAGAGCGAGCUCGACUACAAGUCGUACCUCGACUUUGUGCUCGCGCACUCGUACAAGGGCACGCCCGAGGCGCUCACCUACUUCUUCAAGCUGCUCGACCUGCGCCGCCGGCUGCUCGGGCUGGACCUCGCCUACUUCUUCCGCGCGGUCCUCGAGAAGUUUGACGAGCUGGGCGUCGACCCGGACCACGACCAUCACCCAUGA